CUGACUGAGAGCCGGCAGGGCAACUGACCCUUUCCAGUCUCACUCUCAGGUGCCGCGAACUUGGCGACGUUGGUUCUGGCGGCCCGACCCUCCCUGCCACUCUGAGACUCCCUGACCCGCACGCCAAGUCUAGGAAAUAUUUGGCCACACAGAGCCCAUUUCCUAGACCCUUGCAACUUCGUCUGCUGUAUGAGUCCCAGCUCACCAGGCUCUCUCAUUUAAGGGAGUGUGGUUUUGUAAUUUUCACGAGAUUCCCUUUUUCGUUUGUAGCUGUGCUUUUUCAACCCCAUAGCCCUGCAUCUGGGACUUAAUUGACUUCAGUUUCUCCUUGAUGCUUUAGAUGCGCCUGUUUUGGAGUAGGUCCUCAGUAAUUACGGAAGUGUAGGCUUUUCAGCCUUCCGGUUGUCUGCAACAUCCAUUGACAAAAUGUUUCUCCUUUUUUCAGGUUGAGCAUCCCUAAUCUGAAAGUCUGACAUACUCCAAAAUUCAAAACUUUUUGAGUGCCAACAUGAUGCCACAAGUGGGAAAUUCCAGUUAACCUCAUAUGACAGCUUACACUCAAGACAGCAUCCCAAGGAAAAAAAGACAAUCCUGGUCUUCCGCUGCAUUAUAUCUUUUCUCCACACACCCAGAUUCCCCCAUGGAAGCACACCCUCAGAGGGUUAUAAAAUGACAUGCGUGUGGACCCAGUAUGCCAAUGGCAGAUUCCCUAGCAUGUUCCACAUGGAGCCAAGACCUACGUGCAUUGCUAGCAGUUUUUUGCAUAUUCUCUGCUCUGCAAUGUAAAUAUAUUGAAGAUGUCAAAAAGACCUGCAGAUGCCCCCGUGAGUAACAGUGAUAAGAAAAAGAGGAAGCAUUUAUGUUUAUCUAUAGCACAGAAAGUCAAGCUAUUGGAAAAACUGGACAGUGGUAUAAGUGUGAAACGUCUUACAGAAGAGUAUGGUGUUGGAAUGACCACCAUAUAUGACCUCAAGAAACAAAAGGAUAAACUGUUGAAGUUCUAUGCUGAAAGUGAUGAACCAAAGUUAAUGAAAAAUAGAAAAACAUUGCAUAAAGCCAAGAAUGAAGAUCUUGAUCGUGUGUUGAAAGAGUGGAUUCGUCAGCGUCGCAAUGAACACAUGCCACUGAAUGGUAUGCUGAUCAUGAAACAAGCAAAGAUCUAUCAUGAUGAAUUGAAAAUUCAAGGAAACUGUGAAUAUUCAACAGGCUGGUUGCAGAAAUUUAAGAAAAGACAUGGCAUUAAAUUUUUAAAGAUUUGCGGAGAUAAAGCAGCUGCUGAUCACAAAGCAGCAGAGAAAUUUAUUAAAGAAGUGGAUAUCAAAAAAGUUUUUCACAUCAAUAAUCAGCCUCCAGUUGUCCAUUCAUUGGCCAAUGGUGAAAUACCUGAAAUGGUUCUGCAUCAAGGUGAACAUGAUAAUAGUGAUGACAAAGGCGAUGUUAACACUGCGGAGCAAGUGCCUGUGGACAACAUGGUCAGACUGUGUGAUGGGCUUAUUAAAGGACUAGAGCAGCGUGCAUUCAUAACAGAACAAGAAAUCAUGUCCGUUUAUAAAAUCAAAGAGAGACUUCUAAGACAAAAACUGCUUCUAAUGAGGCAGACAACCCUGGAGAAAACAUUUAAAAAAGCUACCCAGCAUAAUGCCUCCUCAUCCCUAGAGGACCCACUUCCUGGCCCCUCAACAGCUCCUGAUGUUUCUUCUCACCUAAAUAAGUAAAAUAGUAUACAACAACCUUUUAAUCAAACAGUGUUACGGGUGGAGACUGAAAGCUGCUGUUGUUUAACAGGUGAUGCCAUUGUGCUACUUAGUUACCCUGAACAUAUUAGUUUUCAUUGUAUUAAUUGUCCUAUUUUUUUCCUGUUAAGUGCUUAUGUAUGAAUGAAUGUAUUAAAAUGAUUGCUUUCUAGUAGCACAUGAAUUCAGAGUGGAAUGAUGGUGAUGCCAAAUAGCCACAGAUUGUCCACAUGGCUGACUGAAUUAGUGGCACCUUUGCUUUCUCAUGGGUUUGUACACAACUUUUUCAGUCUGGGUAUAAGGUAUAUAUGUGAAGCAUUAAUGAGUUUUGUGUUUAGACUUGAAUUUCAUCCUCUAUCUCAUUAAGUAUACAAACAUUUCAAAAUCUAGAAAAAUUCAUACACACUUCUGGCCCCAGGCAUUUCAGAUAAGGGAUAUUCAACUUGUAGUGAAAUUUUUGUUGGCUGUAACCAGUGCAUGUGUGUGUGUGUGUGUGUGUGUGUGUGUGUGUGUGUGUGUGUUUGUGUGUGUGCAUGCGUGUACAUAUUCCUUUCUAGGUUCCUAGCACAUUGUCAUUGUCAUCCACACAGUGUUCAUGAUAAACUAUGCUCUGAGAACUCUUCUGGGCUCUAGAAUAUGUGCUCUCCAUACCCACUUCCCAUAUUACUGUAUUUUUCUUCCCCUUGAACUUUAAUUCAUUUUUAUAGGAUAUCUUUGUUUUAAUGAUAUGGAGCUGCUUUUCAUGCCUUUGGGUCAGUUUCUGGUUAGAAUGCCUUGCCUUUGUAACUUUUUUGGACUGUCCUAGUAUUACUAGUAGUAGUAAAUAGCCUGUUGAUUUCAUCCUAACAACUUGGCCAUAUGUCAACAUUUCCUGCCUAACACUACUUGUAGAUAUGUCCCAUUGGCAGACUAAAAUGCUAUUUACACUUCACUAAUUUCUUCAUUUUGCAUUUUCUCUUUCCCCAACAUUCCUACUCAGGUGUACUUUUUAGUACAAAGAGAAACAUCACUGAUACCUAUCUUUAGCACCUGGUGGCCAGCAUUUGUUACUUAAAUUCUAAACAUAUUUGUCACACCAUCUAUCCUAUCAUCGUGGUUCAGAGAGGUCAAAUGACACACUUCAUCAGUUUUCAUUAGAAAAGUGAUGAUAGUAGAAGCAGUAGAUUGCUGACACAAGAUAGGAGAAAUAACAAAGACGUUUAGCAUCAUUCCCCCUAUAUUGUCCACUAUUUUUAAAGAUUGAGUCAAGAUUGAAGAGAAAGCUUUUGAAACUAAAGUAGAAUUAAGAGUGUGGUCCCUUUUGUAGUAGUCCUGGGUAGUAAUCAAGAAGUUCAUGCAGGAAAUGGGCAUUUAAUUGUACUACUUGUGCAACAGAAUGCCUCAGAUUUUUGCUAACUUGGGUCAUGGUGAGUUUCAACUGACUGAACAAAUUUCAGGCACCUGUGGAAUUGUUUCAGAAGUUUGUAGUGAAGAAAACAGUAUUUCAGAAAAUUAGUAAUUUGUGUGCAGGAGAAAUCUAAAAAACAAAAACCAAACAAUUGCUGAUUACAGCUUGAAUGGUGUUUUAAAUGCUGAUGAAAUGGGUAUACUCUACCAGUUUGUGAUUUUAUGUGCUUCACGCCAGAGAUGAUCUUUGCAAAGGAAGUAAACAGAUUGGUGAUUGCUGUGUUCUGCUACAGUGCAUUUUGGACCACUCAUCAUUGACAAGUCAGCUAACCCCCAUUACUUCAGAAUUGUUCAUUUGUUCCUCUGUGGUCAACAAGCCAAUACACAUGCCCAAAAGAUAACAUUUUUUAGGGAAUGACUGAGUUAUGACAAGAGAAUGAAAGGAACAAAAUGCAGUAUCCUCUUGCUGAGAAGAAAUUGCUCUGUAUACAACACAUGCUAUUUCCAUGCUUGGAUUAUGUACGUGCUGAGUUUUUCCCAUUGUAUUGCACAGACAUUCUUCAGCCUUCAAAUCAGGGAUUAUUCACACAGCAAAAGCUUGCUACUGAAACAGUUUCAGGAAUAACUAAAUUUAGAUAAGGAAGAAAAAAGUUGAGAACAUCAACAUGAAGCAAAGCCAUUGAGUGAUUUUUGAGACCCAGUCUGUAAAAUCAUGUACAAUAGUAAUAUGGUGGCAGCAAACAGGCAUAAUUCCCAUGGAAGCCUCUGAGGUACACCUGGAAGAAGAUACCAACUCCACAUGGUAUUUGAACCAAUCUAGUACUCAACUGCUACUCUCUCUGGUAUCCCAAACCAGCUAGAUUUUGAAGACUUCAUGGCUACAAAUAGCAAUUUAACUAUGUCCCAAGCGUUUGCAAAUAUGAAAUUGCUACAGGGGUUCUCAUGUAUGUAAAAAGGGAACAAGAAAGCCAUGGAGGUGAUGAAGAUGAUGACAUCAGCAAUGAUAACCAUAACAUGCAUGGGGACCAAGAGAUAGAACAGCCAACAGUGAACAUUUCUUAAGCCCUUGCAAAUAUAGAAAGUGGAGAAUCCCUUCCCUUCAGGCAGUUGUUCCUGUGAGGUAUUUCCCUAUUAAGUGGUAUAGAUUAAUGUUUUAGGAGCACUGCAGCACAGAGUGUUUUGGAAAGCUAAGCACCUAAUUUUCUCCAUAAAAUGUUUUUUAAAUGUAUAAAAUAGAAGACUUAAUAAAGAAUAUUUGUGUAAAGCA